AUGUUGGGCCACGCCGCUUCUGUCAUGGCGAUAUUCGCACAGCUCGUCUUGAGCGCGGGCCAGGCGCCACACGGCCGCGUCGCCAAAGCCGCCCCCAACACCCCCGCGGGAUUCUCGAACUGCAUCUUCUACGACGACUUCGACGGGGACGAGGACUCGCUGCCCGACGCGUCGAGAUGGACCAUCGACCUGGGCACGCGGUACGACGGGGGGCCCGCGCAAUGGGGCACCGGCGAGAUCGAGACGUACACGGACGACUGGCAGAACAUCCGCAUCACGGCCGACGGCACGCUCAAGAUCACGCCCGUCCGCGGCCACGGCAACUCGUGGACCUCGUCGCGCAUCGAGACCACGGCCGACUGGGACUUUGCCUGCGCGCGCGGCGAGCGCCUCCGCGUCGAGGCCCGGAUCAAGCUGGGCGACAACCCCGAGGGCAGGUCGCUCGGCAUCUGGCCCGCGUUCUGGACCCUGGGCUCCGAGUACCGCGGCAACUACCAGAACUGGCCGGCCGUGGGGGAGAUUGACAUUCUCGAGAGCGUCAACGGCCUCCGUAAGAUCUGGCACGUCGCCCACUGCGGCACGAACCCGGGCGGCGUGUGCAACGAGCCCAAUGGCCUUGGCCACAUCACCGAACCUUUUGAGCGGGGGGUCUGGCACACGAUUGCGUGGGAGGUGGACCGGUCGGGCGACGACGAGGAGUCGAUGCGCUGGUACGUGGAUGAGCAUCUGCAGUGGACGCUGUGGGAGGACGAUGUGCGCGAUGCCGGUGCGUGGCACGCCAUGGCCGCGAAUAGCAAGAUGAUCCUGUUGAAUGUUGCUGUUGGCGGCGGGUUUCCCAACGGUGUCUCGGGCAUCACGACGCCCACGUCCGACACUCUUGAUGGCGAUGGCGCGAGCAUGGAGGUUGAUUAUGUGGCUGUUUACCUGGAGGGAGGGUGGUGA